AUGAUCAACGCAGCAAGAAGACUCUACCGACGCAAACGUCUAACCACCGCUACCGGCCGAGAGAAGUUUUUUGAACAACGCGGGAACACUCAACCACUUUUUAAUCUGGCUCUGCUACUGGCCGAUACAAAACGGCCCUUGGAUGAGGUGCCAUUUCUGAAUCAACUGAUACGACAUCAUCCGUCGCAUGUUAAAGGCCUGAUCCUGCUGGGCGACAUCUACAUUAAUCACAUGAAGAAUCUGGACGAGGCGGAGAAGUGCUACCGCAGCAUACUUCACUACGAUCCCCACAACACUCAGGGCUUGCACAACCUCUGCGUGGUGUUCGUGGAACGUAAGCGGCUGGCCAAGGCAGCUGCAUGCCUGCAGUACGCCCAACGCUUGGCACCCGCCGAGGACUAUAUCGGUCGGCAUUUGCAGAUUGUUCUUGCACGACUGCAGAAAAUCAACAAGUUACCUGAGUCGGCGCCAGAGCGAAAGCUCGCGUAUGAGGACUACGAUCCCCUUGAGUUUAAACUGCCUCAGGAUCGACCAUCGCAUAAGUCGCGUAAAAGAUCGUAGCAGAAGCUAGCCUAAAUCAAAUAGCAGUUAUGAGCAUGUAAAAAGACAAGAGUUGAGUUGGUGGAACGCAAGGUUCCCACAUUCUGUGAGACAUACGGAGUCUGAUAAAAAUAACACAAAG